AUGAUAGACCCAAGAAUAAGAUUAAGAAAUUCCAUAAUCAAUGGCAAGUUGAUUAUCGUCAAAAGAUUGCUACGAAGAUACCCUGAGCUACUAGAAAAUAUCGAUUCAUCAAAUGGAUGGUCUUCAUUGCACUAUGCUUCCUUCCAUGGUCAGUAUCUUAUCUGUUUGUUCUUGAUAUCUUUGGGUCAUGAUAAGGAUGAAAUACAUGUAACUUUCAAGGACAAUACCUGCGUUCAUUUGGCUAUACUAAACAAUUACCAUCAGACUUUGCACCUAUUGCUCCAGCAAAAUCCAAAGUUUAAAUCAAAAUAUUUGAAUUUCAAAAACAAAGAUUUCGAAACUCCACUACACUUUGCUAGCAGAGUUGGGGCAGUAGAAUGUUUGGAUUUGUUGUUGGAUUUGGGUGCAAACAUUAAUGCUUUGGACAUCAAUGGCAACACUGCUUUGCAUCUAGCAACAAGAUAUGGAAAUAUAAACUGCAUUAAAAGUUUGCUUCUAUAUGGGUCUGACUUUGAUAUGAAAAACGUCGACGACUGGUUGCCUGUUCAGUUGGCC